UAGAAGACAGAGGGAUGCAAUGACACACGGAGAGGAGGGGAGACAGCAGGUAGUCUCAGGGAAUGAAUGGGGGGCAGGCGGCUGGAAGGUGAGAGAAGCAGAGGAGAUGGCAGGAAGAGAGAGAUAACCUGGAAUUGAUGCUAAUCACUGGCACAAAGGGAUCUAAUCUGGACCAGCAGCUGUUUCAGCACUGGACAGCGACCUGUCUAAGGAAGGUGGAGACAGAGAGUUGUAAGCAAGGGGGCAGCAUAGACACGCAUGAACAGAGGGGGGUUCCUCAGGCAAGCGAAGGCAGUACUGUUAUUUCCCAAACGGAACAGGUGCUCGCUAAGGGUUAACUGCUACAACAACGGACCAUUGUCAUUCAUUAUUCUUGGAUAGCUAUUGAUUUUAGACUGAGGGCUACAUCUUGAGGAAGAGGAGGUCGUUUUUCGGAGUAACAGGACUGUUAUCAGCCAUAUCCUGGGGUACAAGACUGGUGACAGGGAAAUGUUACCUGCCCAAUAUCGAAGGUUUGGGGUGAGCUGAGGACACACUUGGGGCAGAGAGGAGGAGGAGGAGGGGAGUUCUGGUUCUCCCCGUCCCCCGCUGAUGAUGUUGCCAAGGAGUGAUCGGUAAAAUUAGGAGGAGGAGACCGGUAGUAGGGAAAAGUGGUUGGAGAGGGGGGCCGGCUCGUUCCUCUCCGGUGUCCGAACUGAGCACGGCGGGGCAAGAGGUGGACGUGAUGGGCGAGUGGACCAUCCUGGAGCGCCUGCUGGAGGCUGCAGUUCAGCAGCACUCCACCAUGAUAGGGAGGAUUCUGCUGACUGUGGUGGUCAUUUUUCGAAUCUUAAUUGUGGCUAUUGUCGGAGAGACAGUCUAUGAGGAUGAGCAGACCAUGUUCAUGUGCAACACUCUCCAGCCAGGCUGUAACCAGGCUUGCUACGACCGAGCGUUUCCAAUCUCCCACAUUCGGUACUGGGUCUUCCAAAUAAUCCUAGUCUGCACACCAAGCCUCUGCUUCAUUACGUACUCCGUCCACCAGUCUGCCAAGCAGAGAGAUCGGAGAUACUCCUUUCUCUACCCCUUGCUAGAGAAGGAACUACCUCGGGAGAACCGGAGGAUGAAAAAUAUCAAUGGAAUCUUAAUGCAGAACCCGGACCUCUCCUCCAAGGAUGAGCCAGACUGCCUGGAGGUAAAAGAGAUCCCCAGCACUCCUAAGAAAGCGGCAAAGAGCCCCAAGGUGAAGCGCCAAGAGGGAAUCUCCCGCUUUUACAUAAUUCAGGUAUUCUUCAGGAAUGCUCUGGAGAUUGGUUUCCUUGCAGGACAGUACUUCCUCUAUGGCUUCAGUGUGCCACCCAUCUUUGAGUGUGACCGCUAUCCUUGUGUAAAGGAGGUAGAGUGCUAUGUGUCUCGGCCAACCGAGAAGACAGUCUUCCUGGUUUUCAUGUUUGCAGUAAGUGGCAUCUGUGUCCUUCUAAACUUAGCUGAGCUGAACCACCUUGGGUGGAGGAAAAUCAAGACAGCCAUGAGGGGAGUUCAGGCUCGCAGGAAGUCUGUGUGUGAGGUGCGUAAAAAGGAGCCAUCUACCCUGGCUCAAGUGCCAACGUUGGGUAGGACACAGUCCAGUGAGUCCGCUUAUGUUUGACCCCCGGUGUGGUCAUGCCAACGGUUUAGAGUUCUCUUCUAUACCAUAGAUAAUGUAAGCAGAGCAUUAUACAUUUUGGCUGAGUAUGGCUUCUGUCUUCCAACCACCAUUGGAGACCUUUGAAACUUUACUUGCAGCCUGUCAAUAAUCAUGGCUGCUCAUUUGUAAUAGGAAGCAGAAUCUGUCUUGCUGCUGGGGAGCAUGGGGUGGGACAUAAGAGUUUGGGGAGGGAACCGAAAAUAUGGACAGUUUUUUUAAAGACAACUUUGGGCUUGUAAAGUGAAAAGAUAUGCUCUGUACUAUUAUAUUAUGUAAUGUAUCUUGUUUUUAUUACGCCAGCUGCAGAAUUGGCUAGUGAUGGCAAGGGGUAUUCUUGGAUUACUAUACCAGGUUGUGUAUAUAUUCAAAAUCUGCACUAACACUUAAGAAGCCAUAAUGUCAGGCAGGGAGGUCAAAAUACAAUUAAUAGGGGUACUUUAGAGAGGAGUUUCCAAACCUCUCAUGACUGUUAUAUACCUCUCGCCUCUUAUCCACUGCGAGCUCCCUCCUAUAAAAUCUUCAUCCCCAACUCCGUUGCUCCUGAAACAGAAAUGCCAAUUAAAAAGCCUACUAAGAAGUCAGGAUUUCUUCUUUUUCUAACACAUAUCACAAAGAGAGACACAGGAACAUCCUCAACAUCUAGUAGGCAGGACUAAGGGACACUGCAACAUCAGCAGGCAGAUUGAGGGAACACAAACAUCCAGCAGAUAGGAAGCAGGAUCACCAAAACAUCCAGCAGGUGGGAUACAGGAACACUGAAACAUCCAGCAGGAGGAUACAGGAGCACUGAGACAUCCAGCAGACAGGACGCAGGGACACUGAAACAUCAAGCAGGCGGGAUACAGGAGCGCUGAAACAUCCAGCAGGUGGGAUACAGGAACACUGAAACAUCCAGCAGGUGGGAUACAGGAACACUGAAACAUCCAGCAGGUGGGAUACAGGAGCGCUGAAACAUCCAGCAGGUGGGAUACAGGAACACUGAAACAUCCAGCAGGUGGGAUACAGGAGCGCUGAAACACCCAGCAGGCAGGAUGCAGGAACACUGAAACAUCCAGCAGGUGGGAUACAGGAGCGCUGAAACACCCAGCAGGCAGGAUGCAGGAACACUGAAACACCCAGCAGGCAGAUGAAGGGAACAUUGAAAACAUCCAGCUGGCAGUUUCGAAGGAAUACUGAAAUAUUCUGCAGGCAAGGUGCAGGAACAGUGAUAUAUCCAGCAGGUCAGUCAAGAUAACACUGAAACAUCCAGCAGGAAAGGCACAGGAACACUGAAAUAUCCAAGAGACAGUGUGGAGGUACAAUGAAAUAUUCAGCAGGCAGGUUGAGGGAACAUUGAAAACACCCAGCUUUAGAGGAACACUGAAAUAUCAGCAGGCAGGAUGAGGGAACACUGAAAUAUCAGCAGGCAGGAUGAGGGAACACUGAAAUAUCAGCAGGCAGGAUGUGUGAACACUGAAAUAUCAGCAGGCAAGAUGAGGGAACAUGGACAUAUCAGCAGGCAGGAUGAGGGAACACUGAAAUAUCAGCAGGCAGGAUGAGGGAACACUGAAAUAUCAGCAGGCAGGAUGAGGGAACACUGAAAUAUCAGCAGGCAGGAUGAGGGAACACUGAAAUAUCAGCAGGCAGGAUGAGGGAACACUGAAAUAUCAGCAGGCAGGAUGAGGGAACACCGAAAUAUCAGCAGGCAGGAUGAGGGAACACUGAAAUAUCAGCAGGCAGGAAGAGGGAACACCGAAAUAUCAGCAGGCAGGAUGAGGGAACACCGAAAUAUCAGCAGGCAGGAUAAGGGAACACCAAACUUUCUAGCAGGCAGAUUGAAGAAAUACUUAAAAGUUACAUCAGAUAGAGAAAGGGAAUGCUGGAACACCAAUCAAGCUUAAUGAGUUAACAAGCAUCAGAGUGAGGGAACCCAUAAAGCAAUCUGGGUGAACACCCAUAAGGCAAUCUGAGGGACUGCUGGAACAUCAAGGCUUCAGAAUAAAGGCUUCAUAACAGAUUUCAUACAAUGGGGAACAGUUACUGUACCAGCACGAUUUUGGAUAAUAAAAAGUGUGAAACUUAAUAUUAAAUACUUCUGCAUGUUAAAAAUAAAUGUUAAGGAUUGCUAUUUGCAAUAUGAGAUUAUGCCUCCAAGGAGAGGAACACCUACCCCAGGGGACUUAAGGAGGGUAUAUAGUGGUUGUGAUUUCAGCAUGUUGUGGUGCUAUCUGCAUUUUUAUAAAAAAUAAUUAUCAUCAGCAUUUAUACAUACAUUAUCAGUUUAUGCCAUAAACAAGAGCUCAUUCCUUUAUAAAACAGAUAUCGUUAAGGGAAGAAAUCAGGGAAGGAGAGAUUGCAUUUACAAGCAAGGACCUAUAAUACCAAUACUGAGUAGGGGGUUCUCAAAUAAUCGAUGGUCCCCACCCUCUGCUAUGAACACAAGUGUGAUGCAUUCAAUGUGGGAUGAAUUAAAGUGUUGAUUCAUUAACAGUAACAUAUAUUUGAGUGAAUAGGAGCCUGGUGCAUAACACACAAUCACUGGGCCUCAUAGCAAAGUCUGGGUGAGUAAUUCUGUCCCAUCUCUGAGCAUGUAAGGGGGCCAAGUACAAGCAUUUUAGAGCACUUUUUGUGUGAUAUACAUUAUGGAAUAAAGUCUAAAACUGAUCUUUACAAGACAUUCGCCGGCUUAUGUGAUUGCUCAGAAACUGAGAGCAGGUGGAACAGUAUUUCUGACCCAGAACAACCCAAUAAGGAGGCAUUCUGACCUAGAGGGGACAGACACACUUAUUACUACCCCUGGUGCUCACCUCUGCCAAACUAAACCAUGGGUCAUAAAGCCGAGACCACGGUUUGCAUAUUCACCCAGGGAAGUUGAUAAAGCCAAAAAUACAGUAUAAUCCCAUCAAGCUCAACAUUCAAUAACUUGAGCAGAGGAAGGCAAAACAAAAUCUCUGGCAAGGCAGAGGCCCGUCCAGCAUCACGGCAUGGAGGCGGGUGAUACCUGGAAAUCUGAUUAUUUCCAUGGAUCAACCAAACUAAUUAUUUAUUAUACCCCCUAACGCCCUUCAUAGCCUUACCCUCACCAACAACAACUCUCUGAUCUCCUGAUAGAGCCCCCAUUCCCCCUUACACAGAGAGCUCUCUAGACACUUUAACACUACGUUGCAUAAAUUUAUACUAGUUAAUUAGGUUCCUUCUAAAGCGCCUACUGAUCGGGAUGGUUAAUUGAACACUUGAUCAAGAUUGAUGAGACGUCUGUAGGGAAUGCUGGCACAUCCAUCUGGCUGAUGACUCGGAUGUGCCGGCAUACACUAUGUAUGAUUGUCAGCCAUAUGCACUACCGUGAUCUGAUUGCCUGGCAUAUAGAUGUGUGCCAUGAUAUGCCCCUUGGGGGCAACUUAAUGCACCUUUUUCCAUUGUGGGCAAACCCAGCUAGUGUAGCAUUUCCUGCUCCUCUGAGCACUCUCUGUAACUGUACCCCAGAGUCAUGGUGUGGUGUAAUUGUAUAUAAUCUUACAUGAUAUUACUCUAACGUGCGUUCAUCUCCCUUAUUAAUCUGUAUCCCAGCUGUCAAAAGGUGAGACCCCCCCCCACCUCCCCCCUCCAUAUUUAUAUGGUGCUAAACCUCAUUGCUGGAACGGAACGCUCGGUGAGACAGCUGCUAUGGAAAGCGCAAAGAAAAAUAAUAAGUUAUUGAAGCGUGCAGUUCAAAAGUAUUACAGAUAGCAUGGGGAAGGUCCUGCAGGUUGUUAUGAAAAGGCACACCAUUGCACUACCAACACGACAUGUGGGACAGAUGGAGAUUCGCAUGCAAAUCCAGUUUCUGGACUGAUCUUGCAAUUUUUAACAAUACUCGUACUCCAUAACCUACAGUGUGGGUGUGAUGAUAGAUAGAUAGAUAGAUAGAUAGAUAGAUAGAUAGAUAGAUAGAUAGAUAGAUAGAUAGAUAGAUAGAUAGAUAGAUAGGGGUGUCGGAUGAUAGAUAGACAAUGUCUAG